AUGGAUCUGCUAACAGGAGCGCCGAUGACGCGGGGCGGGUCAGGGUACCAGCGCAGCAGCAUGGAGCGGUCGAUGCUAGGGGAGAGCCUCCGUGAGCGCAUGUGCCCCGCGCUUAUGGUGCUCUCCACCGCCGCCGCUGAGUCUGCUUGCCAGAAGAACGCGCUGAGCUUCGUCGACCUGCUCCGCCCGCACUGCGAGUUUUCCAACCUCAACGUGCCUGUGCGCACGGCGGGUGAGCAUUCGUACCGCCUGCACGACUUUCGCGUGCGAGUAUUCUAUGCUAGCGAAAUCCAGCAACCGUCUCAAGAGGCAGCAGAAGAUUUCUGUGUGCGCUUUGUGACAAACGCGAGUGAGGCGGCAGAUGCAGAGCUGAUGGGGGCAGACCCGAGCGACCUCAACUCCAUCAUUGGCAUGGCCAAUGCGGAGAACCGGACUUGCUGGUUUCAGCGCUUUACCGACGAGUAUAUGCGCACGCUCGUCUUUUCUGACCACGAGACCUUUGAUCAUCCCAUUGCGUGUCUGCUGGUCGCCUCCACGUCAGAGCCCUUCCCUGUGCGUGCGUUGCGUGAGCUCAUGACUCCCGAGCGCCUCCCCGCACUCUACCGCGAUGGCACCAUGGACCCCAAGCUGCACCUGCACUACCUCCUCCUGCACGAUUGCUCUUCCUUGGGCCCUCCCUCCGCCUCCUCUCAAGUCGAACUGACUAUAGCCGAGAUGCGUGCUGCUUUUGGCAGCGCUGUCUGCCGUUUGUUGCCUAUCAACUCUGCCGCUGCUCCCAGCCAGUCUCGGCCUGACAUCUGGACCAAGCACCGUCCUGUCCCUGUUGGAGGGGCCCAAACGCCUCCUCCUGCUGGCACUGCGUUGCCACAGAGCCCCUCAGGCCUGCCUGUGUCUGGGGCGGUGGGGCAGUAUAUGAGUGAGGCGGACGUGAGGGAGGUGGCGGACAUGAUGAUGGAGCUCAGUGUGAAGCACCUCGUGCCCCACCUCGAGCGAAAGGCGCGAGACCUCAACCAGCAGAUCUCAGCCAGUCGUCGUGGGCUUCGCAACCAGAUCAAGAACUUGUGGUUUGGCAAGGGGAAGGAAGAGACAGCAGACGCCACACCUGGCGUCUACACCUACCGCUCCCCUGAGUCUCAGAUCCGCCAGCUGGCGGACGCAGCCAUGAUGCUGCAGGACUUCCAACUGGCAUUGGACAACUACCGGCUCGUGGCGGCAGACUACCGCAGAGACAAGGCGUGGAAGCACUAUGCUGGGGCGCAGGAAAUGGUGGCAGUCUCACUCUUUCUAUUGGAGAUUUCUCGAAGGGAGAUGGAGCAGUGCAUGGAGAGCGCUUACGCCUCAUACCAGCGAUGUGGCCCUUUGGGAGCUCGCUUUGCCCUCAGAACAGUCUUUUGGAUGAUCGGCAUGUUCAAGGCUAAGGGAAACUUCCGAGACGCUGCACUCACUCUCAUGCGUGCAUCUUUGGAAGAGAGUGGAGUGAAGGCAGCAGUGCUGUUGGAGCAGGCAGCGGUCUGCUUUGUGCGGGUGACGCCUCCCAUGCUGCGCAAGUACGGCUUCCACAUGGUGCUUGCAGGCAACCGAUACAACCUCGCCUCCCAGCGAAAGCAUGCCAUGCGGGCAUAUAAGUGUGUGGAGGGCGUGUAUCGUGGCAAGGGCUGGAACUUUAUCUUGGACCAUUGCAACUUCACACUUGGCAGGCUUUCAGCAUAUCUCGGCAGCUACAACGGGGCGGUGGUGUAUUUUGUCCGCUUGCUGGCUUGUGCCCACCAGUCUGCCGCCAUGCAAGCCACCUUCCUGAGAGAGUUCCUCUAUGUGGUGCAGGCAGUGCAAUCAAAGGACAAGCAGGGUGCGUUGGAGCUGCCUCUGCCACACGUCAACACACAGAAGGUUUACGUCCACUUCGAAGACCAUCGCAUCUUCGCCUCCCCUACCGCUGAGGAGCUCCCAGAGUCUUUUUGGUCGGCGCUGGAGGAGGGGGUGGUGCCACCAGCAGCAGCCAUGGUGGUGCCCACGUGGCUGGAUGCGCCCUCCAAGACACGGGCAGGGGCGCAUGACACCAUCGCCACCAACACUUGUGUCGCAGGGGAGGAGAUCGGAGUGGACGUGGAGUUCUGGAAUCCACUUCAGAUCGCCCUCCAGAUAUCUGGCGUGCAUCUGCUCUGCCACCACUACGACACCUCCUCCACCACCACCAGCUCCACCACUAGCACCAGCACUGCAGCAGCCAAUGCCCCAUCCUCCCCAACCUCUGCCUUGGCCGCAUCACAUGCAGCAGUGCCAUCUGCAUCACCCUCUGCCGCUGGUGACCUUGCUGAUGCUUCCCCCUCUAAACACAGCGGGCCCACAUCACCAAAUGCUGUAGCUAAAGACGGAUCAGGGAUGGUGCGUGCCAUAAGCUCUCCAGUUCUGGAUCAAGCAGAGAGCUCAGAGUCGCUAUGGGAGAGCUCUGGGCAUGACGACGGGAGUGCAUCUCGUAAGAGUCAAUCUCAGAGCGACCUUGCUGCAGACGACCCUUCUCUCUUCCUGCACCCUCUUGCUGAUACCACCAUGGCUGGUGAGGGCGAAGGCAGUGGCGCCAGGGGCACAGGCAAGGGUGGAGAGGAAGCCGAAAAGCAUUCUCUUGCCAAGGGAACAGAAGGAAGCAAUCUGCAACAGCAGGGCAGUGGGGCUGCUAAUGAGUCAGCACUAGCUGGAGGAGCAGAUAAAGGGGGGAGAAAGCAGUCAGGAAGGGUGGAAGUGGGGAAGGAGGAGAAGGGCAAGGAGGCCAACAUGCAGAGUGCCAGUGCAGUGGUGGCUAUAGCUGCUGGUGGAGUGACCGAGCCGUAUGUGGCUGAGAAGACUGCCUUCGCCUUGAAGCCGGGUGAACGAAUCACAGUGCGUCUGAAGGUGCGGCCAUGCCGUGUGGGGGUGCUGCACAUAUUCGGUGUGGAGUGGGCCAUCAGCAGCGAAGGCCGCACGGCUGUCAGCCGCUCUCUCUUUGACAUCAAGGCGCCUCCCAAGCGCAAGGGCAAGCCAUCACGCCAACUGCCCACCCACCAGCGCCUGCACUUUCAUGUCAUUCCGGAGAUGCCACGAGUGCAGGCAGAGCUAGAGGGUAUGCCAGAGGAGGCAGUGGAGGGGCAGCUGUACCGCUUGCAACUCAAGCUCACCAACACAUCACAUGUGCCACUUAAGGUGAGGCUGCUGGUUGGUUCUCAUACAUCCCUAGUGCGGCCAACCUGCCUUUGGAUCUGUGAGGCACGUUGCUUUUUUAUGUCUGCUUUUGCCCUCUCUACCUUACCCUCUUUUGCCACCUGGCCGUCACCCGACGUUGCUUUUUCCCAUCUGCUUUUGCCCCUUAUACCUUAA